CAUCUACGGCCCAGUGGGCUUGCGAGGCCGAGCUGGGCUGUACGCGGCGUGGGAGUGUUAUGGCUGCUUCGAGCAAUCCCCAGCUCGCCGAACUGCUGGCCGAGGCUCGGCGGGCCUUCCGGGAGGAGUUCGGUGCCGAGCCCGAGCUGGCUGUGUCUGCGCCAGGCCGCGUCAACCUCAUCGGGGAGCACACGGACUACAACCAGGGCUUGGUGUUGCCCAUGGCACUGGAACUUAGGACUGUCCUGGUGGGCAGUCCCCGAACGGACGGGCUCGUCUCCCUUCUCACCACCUCUGAGGAUGCUGAUGAGCCCCGACGGCUGCAGUUCCCGCUGCCCACAGCCCAGCGGUCCUUAGAGCCUGGGACACCCCAUUGGGCCAACUACAUCAAGGGAGUGAUUCAGCACUACCCAGCUGGCCCCCUCCCUGGCUUCAGUGCAGUGGUGGUCAGCUCAGUCCCCCUGGGGGGUGGGCUUUCCAGCUCAGCAUCCCUGGAAGUGGCCAUGUACACCUUCCUCCAGCAGCUCUGCCCAGACUCGGGGGCAGUAGCUGCCCGGGCCCAGGUGUGUCAACAGGCUGAGCACAGCUUCGCGGGGGUGCCCUGUGGCAUCAUGGACCAGCUCAUCGCUCUUCUGGGGCAGAAGGGUCACGCCCUGCUCAUUGACUGCAGGUCCCUGGAGACAACCCUGGUGCCGCUCUCCGACCCAAAGCUGGCAGUGCUCAUCACCAACUCCAACGUCCGCCACUCGCUGGGCUCCAGCGAGUAUCCUCUGCGGCGGCGCCAAUGUGAGGAGGUGGCCCAGGCGCUAGGCAAGGAGAGCCUCCGGGAGGUGCAGCUGGAGGAGCUCGAGGCUGGCAAAGAGCUGGUGAGCAAGGAGUGCUUCCAGCGGGCACGACACGUUGUGGGUGAGAUCCGGCGCACGGCCCAGGCUGCGGAUGCUCUGAGCCGUGGGGACUACCGAGCCUUUGGCCGCCUCAUGGUGGAGAGUCACUACUCACUCAGGGAUGACUACGAGGUGAGCUGCCCUGAGCUGGACCAGCUGGUGGAGGCCACGCUGUCUGUGCCUGGGGUUUAUGGCAGCCGCAUGACAGGUGGCGGCUUUGGUGGCUGCACGGUGACCCUGCUGGAGGACACCGCUGUGUCUCGAACCUUGCAGCACAUCCAGGAGCAGUACAGCGGGACUGCCACCUUCUACCUCUCCCAGGCAGCUGAUGGUGCCACGGUGCUGCCCCUGUGA